GGGUGUAAAUCCGUCUCAGCGGAUGUGGACUCUCAUCAGGAGGGACGGAGCUGCUAACGUCAAACAACUUCAGUAACACUGCGGACAGGCUGCCUUUCUCACUGAAGCAGAAGUCCCCUGGAGAGUUGUGAGGUGAGCUCCGAACACCUUUCUCUAUACAGACGUCCGGCCAGUAUGUCCAGUGACCCUCCUCCUCCAUACCCCGGAGGACCCAGUGCCCCACUCAUUGAGGAGAAGAAUGGACAACCUGUAAGAGCUGCUCCUAUACAGGGACAGCCCUUGCCUCCAGACUACGGUCCUCCACCAUAUGAGGCCACACAACCAGGCUUCCUUCCCCCACAUGUCCCAGGAGAAGGACCCAUGCCCAUGCCAAUGCCUCCACCACCAGGUGGCCACUACCCGCCUCCGCCCGGCCACUUUCCACACCCAAUGCAAGGACAGAUGGGUCCCGGUCCCAGUCACUUUGUCCACAUGGGAGGUCACACUGCGACCGUCCUGGCUCCUCCAGGAGCAGCCACCACUGUGACUGUACUGCAAGGGGAAAUGUUCCAGACCUCACCAGUGCAGACUGUGUGUCCGCACUGUCAGCAGGCAAUCGUCACCCGUAUUUCCCACGAUGUCGGACUCAUGAACACACUCUUCUGCCUCUUCUGCUUCUUCGUAGGGUGUGAUCUCGGCUGUUGCUUGAUUCCCUGUCUGAUUGAUGACCUCAAGGACGUGACACACACCUGCCCUUACUGUAAGGGCUACAUUUACACAUACAAGCGUAUAUGCUAACCACCGACAGCUGUAAGCUACAGAGACAUGUACAUGCACACACAUAAAGUCACAGCUACUCCUGCUGGUAGUUACAACCCUCCCCCUCCCUUUUUUUGCAAAGUGUUGUGUAGCCCUCUUAAAUUGAAAGUGCAGUUUUCUCAUUAGUUCAAAGAAUAUUUACUAUAUGUGUCUUUCAGCACAAUUCGUUCUUUCAUGUAUAAACCUGCAUAUGAAUUGUACACAUUACACCGAACUACAGAAGGUGUAGAGCACAAAAACAUCACAGAGAUGGACAGGAAGCAGUCACACCGGUCCGUCUGAUGCUGUAUAAAGAGUCUGAUGAUGUUACACAUGUUAAUGGGAAAAACAUCUGGAAAGAGACAGCCUGAAUUAGAGAAAGCUGUGAAAAUGGUCACUUUAUUUAUUUAAAAUCAUAUGUGAAUCUUGCUGAGCGGCAAGUAAAUUGAAGUCAAGAAUGCUAGCUAAGCUUUGUUUUUUUUUCCCUAUUUAUUUCAAAUAUUUUAUCCAUUAUUGUGAUAUUGAGAACUGUGAACAUUUUUGUCCAUGUCCAUAAUUUUGCUCUUAACAAACCUAGGUUUUCUUUUUAUGUUUAUCCCUCUUUGAAUGUGAGAAAACUAACAAACCACUUUAAGUAAACUGACGUAUUUGUUGUCUGGGAAUGGUCAAAACGUACGUUACUUUAUGUAUAUUAAUCUUCUGAGCUUUAGUCAUAAGUCACAAAAUGUUUGAUGAUUUACAGUUGAGCUGUGUCCAUUAGAUACUUAAUUUUCAUAAUGAAGCCAAGAUUUGCACUUUAAGUUAGAAUUUCCCCCUCUGAUGCAUUCACAAAAACCUCAACCGUACCGUUUGACUUUGAAGGAAAAUAAAUAAGGUUUACAGUGGUGACUUUGUGUCAUCUCAUGAGUAAAAGCAGUGUAUAAUUUUGGCUUUUACUUAGGUUUGUUGUUAGCUGAGUUAAUCUCACCAUACAUGCACUUAUUCAGAGUAUAGUAGACUAGAGUUUUACUGUUACUGGGGGAGACGCACUGCAUGACAGCUCCGUAAUAUUGUGUCCUCCCUCUGGCCCAUGUGUCCGUCUGAUGCACUGCUCCACAUUACAGUAUCUUCUCACUGGUACUUUAGGCUGAUUGAUUGUUGGCGCCACAGGUAGCUAGUUUUAAAAUAAAAAAGUAUGUUGGCAAACAAAUUACAGUGGCGGCACCAUCAUCACAUAAUACAGUUUAGCCUGUAGCCCUCCUAAUAUGGCAUCAGCCCUUAGAGAGUACCUGCAUUGCUCAGAUGCAUGUUAGAUAAUACAGAUGUUUUUUGACUAAUACUAAAUAGUGACUUCUCUGCUAGGAAUAAGCUUGAGAUAAAUGAUUGUAUCAGACAUCUUGCAAAAUGACAUUGUGAUUCCAUUGAUUACUACGAACAAUGAAAACAACCAUUGUUCCACCACAGCAUGCCCAAACUGCCAUUCACCUUCACUCACCAAGUGCAGAGUUUGUCUGCAUGAACUACACAUAAAAAUGAAGAAGUCUCACUGGCUAGUUCCUUGACUAUGUGCAUUGGAUUUUUUUUCUCCUUUCUCUAAGCUGUGCAAGAUAGUUUUGAGUUGAAGGAUUGCAUUGAACUUUUAAUACGCAGUACUGUAUGCCAUUGUUCUGGAUAAUACUGGUCUGCAUUGCUCUCUUAAUGUCUGUGAUAUGUAUAACUGUAAGUCAAAAUUUGUUUGACUGUUGUAUACAGGUACUAUUUUAUCAAUAAAAAAAUCUGAACAUGG